GGGCGGUAUAUAAGGGGCGCGGGCUGCGGCACCCGCCAGAACCUCUAGAACGUCAACGAAGGGAUAUAUUACGCUGCCGUGAUGGAGUUGCCUCAUCUUGGAACUCAUUGUGCUGAACCGACGUGCAAGAAGCUGGCUCUGAGCACUCUCGUCUUGCAGCGAACAAAGGGAACCCACGCAGCUAUCUUCCACUUGUACAAAGAGGACGCUCAUGCACCAAGUCACCACUAAUUUCUUGCCCUUCACCUGUAACUUGUGCAAAAAGGAAUUCUGCGUGGACCAUCACAAGUAUGCAGCCCACAACUGUGGUGAGAGCUACAGGGCAGACGUACAAGUCCCCAUCUGCCCGCUCUGUGACCAGCCAGUUCCCAGCAAGAGGGGAGAACCACCCGACUUAGCCGUCAACGAACACAUGGAAAAUAAUUGCCGAAACAAGAAGAAGAAGAUAUACACCAACAAGUGUUCCGCAGAGGGCUGUAAGACCAAGGAGAUGAUACCAGUUUCAUGUACUUCAUGCAGACAAAAUUAUUGCCUGCGGCACAGACACCCAACAGACCACGAUUGUAAAGGCUCAGCGUCAUCACCGAGAGAACGAGCACUAGCGGCUGCCACGGCAAGGUCGAAAAGCAGCGGCAAGAACAUUCAGCAGCAGCAGCAGCAGCAGCAACAGCAGCAACAGCAGCAAAGCAUCCGAAGGUACUUGUCGCCAACCAUCAGCACUCCUCGCCCUACAGGUCACACUCCCUCAGGAGGACAUGCAGCCAAAGUCUCAUCCUUACAGGGGAGCUUGUCAGAGGAAGAGGCACUGGCUAGAGCAAUGGCUGCUUCAGUGCUGGAGGUGAAUGGGGAGUCAUCCAGUCAGUCUGGUGGUGGCAGCAGCUUGGAGCAGGAUGAGGAUGUCUUGCUGGCACGGACAAUUGCUGCCAGCUUGGAGGAGAGUCGGAGAGCAAACAGCAGUGAACAGCGUAACAGUAACAGUUGUAACGUAUGCUAGUAGAAAGGUGCCGUCAAGUGAGACGAGUGUCCGAGGAACUCAAUUAACAUUGGUGUGAACAUCGGUACAGUGAGGAGUGUGUGAUAUUUUCCAGCCUAGGGUUGUCCUAUGAUAUGGUUAGUGUUUGACUAACCUAAAUUCAUAAUGCCCUUGGUAAACUGGCAAAAUGAGAAAGUGUUGGUGAGUGCCAGUAUUUUAUCAAUGGGAGCAGCAGGGUUUCAAGGAGGCACUAGCUGCAGAGUCAUUACUUAUUUUGCAACAACCACCUCUACUCUGCCAUGGCAAAGAAAUAUUCAUAUAGUCAUUUUGUAUUGAGAAGUUACAGAUAUUUUGAUAUAACCAUAACAUAGAUGCACUUGCCAAUGCUCACUGUAGUUGCAUGUCAGGUAGUCACAGCAAUGAGCCAAGGUUCAGACAGGAAGGAGGUGUGUUGUGCAUGCCUUGCAUAUUGCCAUCUUGCCUGUCUGCUGCCCAGUGGGGUUGUGUCAGAGCCUGGAGCUCUGAUGGAAGUUGUGUUAUGCAUGCCAUACGUUCACCUCCAGUCACUGACCCGUCUGCUUCCCGUUGCAUCCUUGUAAGACACCAAAACUGGCAGAAAAGGAGAGAUUCUAGAGCCAGAGGGUUGUGAAAUAUUAGGAAUCAACUUUUCUAUUUAAAUAGCUAAAAUAUCUAUACAAAGCAAUGGAUUUAACUAUAAUUUUUCUAUUACUCUAGACACCUCCCUGUUUCCUUGUGCAGUCACUGAAUUACUUACAUGAUUUGUCUGGCACAGCUGUGAAGCUAUCAUACUUAUUCAAACAGAGCUUAGAGACUUGUUAUAAACCCCAUGUCUGGCCCUGAUGCUCGUGCCAUCAGGAUGUGUGUCUUCAGCCCUUCUGCUUCCCCUGUUCCAUGUUGACACACUUCCUCCUCAUAGCAUUCACAGGCACCCUGUCCAUGUGUUCCUCAGUCUUACCAAUCCACCUCCAUGUCCUGUCCUCCAUGUCUACUUGACUCUUCUUCAAGUGACAAACAAUAAAAAAUUGAUUAAGAAAAAAAUGCAUUGUUGUGGGCAUGUACUGUGUCCCUGUAGAGUGUUAACAUGUUUAUAUGACUCAGGUUAUAAAAAAGAAUCAUUUUAUUUGAAGUAGCUACUUCAGAAGUAUAUAUUUUUUUCCACGUACAGUUGUUUUUAUAAAUGUUAGAACUCACUUUCGGUUAUACACAAGGUAAUGAGGUUUGUUAGUGGAAAAAAUGAGUUGGAAAUUUUACUCUGAAAAUUUAGUAUUGAUACCCUGAAGAAGGUUUUGUGUGUGGGGCGGACUUGGGCGGAUUAGACUGGAUGUACUUCUGCUGUGCAGCGUCCUGGUCAGCUGAUGUUUUCUGUGAUACAUGUUUGAAAGAACGGGUAUCUGUGGAUGACUUAAGUGUUUAUUGUAAACGCAUUUUUGUUUCUCAUUGUAAAAAUAACUAUAUUAAAACAUAAUAUGAUUGAAAAAUUAA